GUGCUUGGUAACAGCGGUAUUUGUAUUCAUCUGUCAUUUCUUCUAGUUAACAUUAUGUGAACUUCCUUUCCAACUGAUUAAUCUAGGGCAUGCAUUGUGUCCUAUUUACAACAACUUCCAACGAUUCGUUUGAGCAAAAGUUCUCAAGAAUCGUGCUUUGAACAUAUUUCGUAUCUGCAAGGUUAAGAUGAUUUCUAAUUUUAAAGCUGCGUCAGUUUUGGGAUUGCAAAAAUAUUCAGCUGCAGACUGUAAGCUUCAAGAGUAUGGUACAGCAGGAUUCCGUGACAAAGCCAAAGAAUUGUCACAUGUACUGUAUCGCAUGGGCUUACUUGCUGUUCUAAGAUCUAAAGCAAAAAUUGGUCAAGUUAUUGGGUUAAUGAUCACAGCAUCUCAUAAUCCGGAAGAAGACAAUGGUGUUAAAUUGUGUGAUCCUCAAGGAGACAUGCUCAACAAAGAUUGGGAGCUCUUAGCAACUAAACUUGUGAAUUCCAAGAAUGAAGACCUGGCUGAAGUUUUGAGCACAAUUGUUACUUCAAAUAACAUCGAUUAUGAUAUACCAGCCCAUGUUUAUUUAGCCAAAGAUACAAGAAGCAGCAGCCCAUACUUAGCAAGUGCUGCAGUUGAUGGAAUUGGCAUUCUUGAUGGUCAAGUAAAAGAUUUUGGUUUGCUGACUACGCCUCAACUUCAUUAUGUUGUUUGUUGUAAAAAUAAUGAAACUUAUGGCGAGCCAUCUGAAGAAGGUUACUAUAAAAAGCUAUCUAAAGCAUUUGAAACUCUGAGGAAUUCUCAAAAAGGAACAACGCUUUCAGCGAAGUAUGAACCUGAAGUAUAUGUGGAUGGUGCUAAUGGUGUUGGAGCGCUCAAGAUGAAAGAAAUGCUUCCAUGUAUAAAAUCCUUAAGGGUUCAUAUACUUAAUGAUGGUUCAACUGGAGUGUUGAAUUUUAAGUGUGGUGCUGACUUCGUGAAAGUUGAUCAAAAGCCUCCUGAAGGUAUUGAAAUUUUGAAUGAAAAAAGAUAUGCUUCUUUUGAUGGAGAUGCUGAUAGAUUAAUUUAUUUUUAUACGGAUAAGAAUGGAGUCUUUCACCUAUUAGAUGGAGAUAAAAUUGCCACUCUGAUUGCAAAAUAUCUCAAAGAUCUUGUAGAAAAAUCUGAGCUUAAACUUGACAUGAAAGUUGUUCAAACAGCUUAUGCCAAUGGUAGCUCCACUGACUAUAUUGAAAAUGUCUUGCAAAUCCCACAUUCAUGUGUUCCAACAGGAGUAAAACAUUUGCAUGCUGAAGCAAAAACAUGUGAUAUUGGAAUUUAUUUUGAAGCCAAUGGACAUGGAACGGUAAUAUUUAGCCAGCGUGCAAAAGAGGAAAUUAAACAAAUUGCAUCUAAAGGAAAUGAAAUUCAGAAACAAAUGGCAGAGAAGCUCUUGCAAACAAUCAAUCUGAUCAAUGAAACUGUAGGAGACGCUAUAUCUGAUCUGCUCCUUGUUGAAGUUAUACUUUCUGACCUUGAUUGGAGUGUUGAUGAUUGGAAUGCCAUGUAUACUGAUUAUCCUAACAAGCAGAUGAAAGUCAAAGUGCCUGAUCGUCAAGCUAUUGUUACUACAAAUGCAGAAAGAACGUGCGUGAAACCUGCUGGCUUACAAGCAAGUAUUGAUUCUGCUGUAGGUCAAUAUUCAAGAGCUAGAGCUUUUGUUAGGCCAUCUGGUACUGAAGAUAUUGUUAGAGUUUAUGCUGAAGCGGAAACUCAGGAGGAUGCUGUAGCUUUAGCUGAAAAAGUUUGUUCCUUAGUGAAGAAAUUCACAUCUGAUUAAUGUAAAUAAUUUUUAACAGA